ACCGCCAUUUGUCUCUCCCUUCUCUGUCUUCUCUCCUAAAUUCUCCUGCUCUUCUUCCUCUCGUUCUCUAUCCUCCUUAAUAACGACAGCUGUGGCCGGCCAUAGCAGCCGGCGUCGUGAAGCAGCUCGGGGAAGGUGGGUUUCUCCGGCUCUGUUCUAGCCAAGAACGCCUCUGUCGUCGCUCUGGUUAGAACAGCUCCUAUCAUUUCUCUGUGUUGGAAUUUUUUUGAUAUGGUGCAGGGCCAUUACUUCAAAGAAUUUCAUGUAUUUGGUCCAAAUUAUUAGUUAGUAGAAAGACAAUAAAUUGGGAAAGGAAGCUGGACAAGGAAUAAUAUCUGAAUGGAGCAAAUGAUUUAUCAGUCUCUACCUUCAACAAGUUUGGGAUUGAGUAGUGUUGGUGGGACUGUGUCUGUGUGUUCAAUUCACCACCGUUGGCCUUCAGUAUGGCCAUCAGUUUCACUUUCAUCUUUUUCUUCUUCAUGUUUCAGAAAAAGAAAUUUAAAGAAAGCCAAGCCAUUGGCAUUUACCCCCCACCACCACCACCACCAACAACCGCAGAAUCAGGAAGAUGAAGACUUUCAAGUAUUGACCGCCACAAGAAGCCAUUACAAUGAUAUUGUUAUUUUAGACACUCCAAAAUCCAGAGUGCUACUUCUUGACUCUUCUCACAAUGUUCAUAGCAUUCUCUACAAGCACCAAAAAUGGACAGGUUCCUAUUGGGAUGAGUUUGCUAGCCUACCAGCUAUUGUUCCUCAAGGUCCCAUUGCCAUAUUGGGUUUGGGCGGUGGAACUGCUGCUCAUCUAAUGCUUGAGUUGUGGCCUGCCUUGCAGCUUGAGGGUUGGGAGAUUGAUCAAAUAUUGAUUGAUAAAGCAAGAGUCUACUUUGGGCUAUCUGACCUUGAGAAGCACACUCAAGCUGGUGGUGUACUUAAUAUUCAUAUUGGUGAUGCCUUUUCUCCCUCGGUUAAUAUUUCUGGAGGUUAUGCUGAAAGGAAAGCACGAUUUAAUGUGGCAGUUCAAACAAAGAUGGCGAGCAUUAUUGUUGAUCUGUUUUCUGGAGGAAAAGUUCUGCCUCAAUUGGAAGAGGUUACAACUUGGUCGGAAUUGUAUAAUCUAUUGAUGCCUAAUGGUCGUUUCAUGGUGAAUUGUGGUGGUACUAGUGGAGCAACUGAUUCCAUAGGUAAUCCUGAUUCAUCAACAAAUGAAACCUGUGUACAAAAUUCAACUAUCAAAGCACUGUCAAAAGCAUUUCCUGGACAAACAAACUGGAAGAAAAUGGCAGAGACAAAUGGUGAAAAUUAUCUAGCAUUGACAGGACCUUUACCAGAUUUGGUAUCAUGGUCUACUAUGGUACCAGAUCCUUUAUGCUCCAGUGUUCUGCAAUGGAGGCCAUACGAGUCUCUUACAACAAACUCCACUCCACCAGUCCAUCGUUAGCAAAACAUAUGUACAUUAAAUUGCUAUGUCAAUUAAAACUGCACCAUUAAAUUUUUUAAGAGACUAAACCUAACAAACUCCCCAAUUCUCUCUCUCUCUCUCUCUCUCUCUCUAUCUAUCUAUCUUCUUUUGGACUAUGAGUCUUUUCGCUUCCUCCUCUUUCCUUUACUCUGGCAUUCUCUAUCUCUUCAUUGGGACUAUGAGUCCCACAUCAGCCACGUUAACAAUGUUCACUGGAUAGCAAAUUGAUCCGUUUGUUUCUAGAUGCAAUUUGGUAUAUUCUGGUAUGAAUUAGCCUUCAAAUCAAA